GCUUUCUUUUCUGCUCUAGGCCCGAGUGGCUGCGUUUGAAAGGGCAAGUUUAUGAAACCCGGGAAGGUGGUGCUGGUCCUGGCUGGACGCUACUCCAGACACAAAGCCGUCUUCGUAAAGAACAUUAUUGACGAUGGCACCUCGGACUGCCCCUACAGCCAUGCUCUGGUGGCUGGAAUUGACCGCUACACCCGAAAAGUGACAGCUGCCAUGGGCAAGAAGAAAACUGCCAAGAGGUCAAAGAUCCAGUCUUUUGUGAAAGUUUAUAACUACAGUCACCUCAUGCCCACCAGGUACUCUGUGGACAUCCCCUUGGACAAAACUGGUGUCAACAAGGACGUUUUCAGACACCCUGCUCUAAAACGCAAGGCCAAACGGGAGGCCAAAGUCAAGCCUGAAGAGAGGUACAAGACCAGCAAGAACAAGUGGUUCUUCCAGAAGCUGCGGUUUUAGAUAUUUUUUCUUUCUGUCAUUAAAAAUCCAUAAAAA